UUGCAACAUACACUCAGAAGACAUCGUGAAAUUUUGCGUGAUUAUUCCAGUGAGUACACCAGAUCGCGUGAUAACAUUAAUAAUCAACUUCAGAGAGAAAGUCUGCUAAGCGAAGGAUCGUUCAGUUCGAACGAGGCAAAAUGCUUGAAUAAUCGCUUGAAAGCGAGUGAUUUAUAUCUAAAAGAGCACGAGCAUAUUAACAGCUGCGAUCGCCUUCUUGAUGAACAAAUCAGCAUUGCAAUGUCAACCAAAGAGCAUGUUUAUUCACAGCGGAUGACACUUAGGGAUAUAAGCAAGAAGAUUCAUUCGAUUUCAGAGAAAUAUCCGAUGAUCAAUAAUAUAAUGCAGAAGAUUCAAAUGAAAAAAAGAAAGGAUACUGUGAUAGUUGCAGGUGUUAUAUCAACAUGUCUUAUACUGAUGUUUUUAUAUAUGAUGCAUUCUUAA